AUGUUUGGAGCAGAAGAUUCCUGGUCUUAUUGGCGUAGGGUGGCUGAUGGUACCGACAUUGUCACAACGAAGGUGAAAGUUCAUUCGACUAUCGCCUAUGACAAUACUGUAUUAUCUGCCGAGUUGACGGUCCGGGGUGGUCCUCCUGCAAAUGCCGAUCAAGGUUUGGAGACCCAGAUUCAUUGGCCAGAUGGCAGAAAUGAUAUAACCAUUCAACUUCGCGGUUAA